AUGACAAGCAACGGGAGUGGCGACGACAUAUCUCUUCGCGAGCCACAGCAGUUGAAUACAGGCGAGCAAGAACUGAAUACCGGCGAUAAUGCUGAGCAGAACGUGAGACAGAGAAGUCUGGACAGGAACAGAGUGUUCGCUCUUGUAGGUUCUGCGUUAUCGCAGCUACCGAUAUGGGGCUUCGCCAUGAGCUAUGGCGUUCUUCAAGAAUAUUACUUCGAUAAUUGGACACUGGAAGGUGAUCGCAAACUUACCGGUAUCAUCGGCACGACAUCCAACGGCGUCAUGUACCUGUCCAUGCCUUUAUUGUUUGCUUUGUUCACCAAACGCUGGGCCCGUUAUCGCCAGAGCGCAGCUAUCUUGGGUGCUCUACUCGCAUGCACCGCCUUUAUCUUAUCGUCAUUUAGUAGACAUGUUUGGCAUCUCGUCGCGACACAGGGAGUACUAGCAGCAUUGGGUUGCGCACUCGUCUAUAGCCCGACUACACUAUCCCUCGGCGAAUGGUUUAACACUCAGAAUCGAAUUUGCAAUCGAGCUGUAGCCUACGGCAUCUGUCUUUCCACGAAAAACAUUGUAGGAUCAGUUUGUCCGUUUAUCUUCCGAGGACUCCUCGAUCGCUACGGUUUUCGAACUACCUUGAUUGUAUGGGCCGCUAUCACAUUCGGAACUGCCGUUCUUUCCGUUUCAAUGAUAAAGCCACCGCGUUCGAGCCUCGACACAAGCACUACUCGUGGGCGCAAAAUUCCCUGGCACUUCCUCAAACAUCAGACUUUCUGGGUCUAUAGUAUCGCAACUCUGCUGCAGAGCGCUGGUUACGGUAUUCCGCAAACUUACAUCAGCGAGUAUGCACGCAACGUCUCCCACCUGUCCCACACCUUCUCAGCACUCCUCAUCACUCUGAUCAAUAUACCCGGCAUCUGCUCCUCCACCUUCUUUGGCUUUUUGAGCGACAACAAAUACUUCCACCUCUCUGCCCCGACUGUUACCGUAAUGUCUGCAGUCAGCUCUGCUCUGUCUGCAUUUCUGUUCUGGGGAUUAGCCGCGCAAGGGGGCAUACCGUUACUAGUGUUGUUUGCCAUCACCUUUGGCUUCUUCGCUAGUGGUUACAGCGCAACCUGGGGAGGAGUCAUAAACGACAUAGAGAACGACGCAGCGCGAAGGAACGAAGCCGUGGAUAGUGGGGUGCUGUACGGUUUACUCAAUGGUGCCAGGGGUAUCGGAUACGUAGCGGGUGGGCUUGUCAGUGUGCCUCUCAUCCAGGCUGGAAGUACGACGUCGGUAGGACGCUUGGGAUAUGGGACGACUUACGGCCCCCUUAUCAUAUUCACCGGUCUUUCAUUGUCUUUUGGUGGUCUAGGACUGGCCUUUCGGCGAAAGUAA